GGCAAAUCUCGUUUUGGGGGAUACGUUGGUUGUGUUUUAUGAUAUUACCUCGAGUUAGACCAUAACUCAUAACAACUCAAUAAUGAUUAGAUACAGUUAUAUUAUAACAAUGUAAUAAUGUAAUAAUGACAAGCCCAAGACGAUCAAAAAAGAGUGGUCAGUGUACAAUUCAAAGUUUGGACUGGGAUUCCCCAUCAGCUGACACUGGAACUGUGAAAAGACGAUCCUCAUGUCCGGAGACUUCCUCAAAGCAAACUGUACAAUUACAUGAUGCUAUAUUCGAAGUUGAAACCCCAUCGGACUCCGGCAGUGGUACCUCAUCAAGAAGUAUCGGCGAGAGCGAUAAGACUGACUCCCUUGUAGAUGUAGAACAAAGAAUAUCAGUUAUCAUAAAUGAGAAUAGAUCAUCUAAAAGUACCUCUGAAUCCAGCGAUAUAGAUAUAGUUAUAGAAAGUGUUUUAGAUAAUUCCGACGAUGAUGCUCAAAAUAAUGUGUUCCUAUGUGAUCGUAGUAAGACUUUUAUCAGACUGCCGGAGGAAUCAUCUUCUAAAAAAGUUGAAAGUACUGACCCACCCGCAACAAAGAAGACUAAAGACAAAAGACUUAAAACACCUUCAUCUAUGACUAAGCUUAGUAAACCUUUAGAUACAGUUAAAAAUACUAGAAAAGUAACAAAAGAAACGAUUAAAGUCGAAUCAAAGUCGAGUGUAUUACCUGUUUAUAAAAGUACGGUACAAAAUUUGGAUGUAGAUUUCAACGUAAAUGCACAAAAGAAAAAGGUCGCAUCGAAAUUAAAGCUACCAUUUUCUCCAGUCAAAGCAAUGGAGAAACCUAAAAUUAAUUUAUUUCAAGCUAAACAAGAUGUUAAACCGUCACCCUUACUAUCGUCUCCCGUAAGAAGAACAAUAUCAAAUGAAUAUGUAAGAUUAAAGUUUGCCAACGACACAGUCGUGAGACGUACAAUAGACGGAAGGUCUGUGCCAAAAAUUACUCCAAAAAUACAAUCAAUAAUACCAGAAAGUCCAAUAGACAGUGAAGAUCCAUUUCUGAAUUUGAGUCCUAACAAGAAAUACACAGUAACAGUUAAUAAUAAAGUCAGAUGCGAUAAAGAUAACUACGUUAUAUUUGAUCCGAACACUGGGUUUAAUCCUGGAGACUCAAGACAAUCCAAAAUACCAUCAAGAUCUCAAAUUGUCAAUGAAAAAUCAAAAAUACCUCUAAAAUCUCCGGUUGGUGAAAAUUCAACAGCUACAAGGAAAUCAGUGAGUGUUAGUGAUGCUGAUAGUGGGAUUCUAUCUCCCAAUUCACCUUUAGAGACGAGUGACAAAACACCAGCGUAUUACGUUAACGCAGCGGCGUUUUGCGAAACAGCAAGAAAGUGUGCGAUUGAUCUUGAUAUCAAGAUACUUCACCCUGAUGUGGCGAAGAAAGCAACCGAACAAGUAAAGAUCUACACGGACUGGGCGAAUCAUUAUUUGGAAAGAGCUCGUUCGCGGCGUCGCGCAGGGACCUCUGGUGGCGGGCUGGCGCGAGACUGCGCAGACGGUCUACUGCUGGCAGACGUGUUGGAGGGAUUGGAAAACGUGCAGUGCUGUUUGGAUUUCCUCCACGCGCAAAAAGUCCAGGGACUAGAACAAGUAACAGCUGUGGACAUUCGGGAUGCAAAAUUAAAAGCUGUACUCGCACUAUUUUUUGCAUUGAGCCGCCACAAACAAGCGUCGAAACAGCGAAUAACGCCAUCUAGUGGCAAUGCAACGACAACUGGAAAGAAUUCAAGCGAGGAUGUUGCGCUAAGUUCUGUACAGCGGAUAACAGGUGGCAGCAGCUGUGAUGAAAUUUUAACCGCCUGCGGAAAUAACGUCGAGAUGACGACAUUAACAGCUAACAGAUUUAGAUUUAGAAAUCAGCAUUUGUUGUCAUUGAAUGGUAAAACGCCAUCUAGUAGCUAUAGCUGA